AAUGAGUGAUUUUGAUAUGGAUGAUGAGGAUUAUGGUUUGCAAUAUUCUGACGAUUCUGGAAGCGAACCUGAUGUUGCUUUGGAAAAUCAAUAUUAUGCAGCGAAGGCUUUGAAAUCUGAAGGGAAUCAGUCUGCUGCUUUAACCUCCUUUCAACGUGUUCUUGAAUUGGAAACUGAAAAAGGAGAUUGGGGCUUUAAAGCUUUGAAGCAAAUGAUGAAAUUGACUUUUUCUAUGGGAAGAUUCGAACAAGUUUUGACACAUUACAAACAAUUGCUUACUUAUAUUCGUUCUGCGGUAACUAAAAAUUAUGCAGAAAAAUCUAUUAAUUCGAUUCUUGAUCACAUUUCUGGUUCUAAAAAUAAAGAAUUGUUACAAAAAUUUUAUCAAAUAACGCUUGAUGCUUUAAAGGAAGCUCGAAACGAAAGACUUUGGUUCAAAACAAAUACAAAACUCGGGAAACUUUAUUUUGAUAUGAAAGAAUUUGACAAGCUUAAACAAGUACUUAAACAAUUGAGGAAUUCGUGUCAGACAGAAUCUGGAGAGGAUGAUCAAAAGAAAGGAACACAACUUUUGGAAAUUUAUGCUUUAGAAAUUCAGAUGUAUACAGAGCAAAAGAACAAUAAAGCUUUACAACAACUUUAUGACCAAUCAAUUCAUGUAAAAAGUGCAAUUCCUCACCCUUUAAUUAUGGGGACAAUUAGAGAAUGUGGUGGAAAAAUGCAUUUAAGAAAUGCUGAAUUUGAUAAGGCUCACACAGACUUUUUUGAGGCGUUUAAAAAUUAUGAUGAAAGUGGAUCUUCUCGUCGAAUACUUUGUUUGAAAUAUUUGGUUUUGGCUAAUAUGCUGAUGAAGUCAGAUAUUAAUCCUUUUGACAGUCAAGAAACUAAAGCUUUUAAAGAUGAACCAGAAAUUUUGGCAAUGACACAAAUGGUUGCUGCUUAUCAGCAAAAUGAUAUUCAACGUUUUGAACAAAUUUUGGAAGCUAAUAGAGCUUCUGUAAUGGAUGAUCCUUUUAUUAGAGAACAUAUUGAAGAACUUUUGGCUAAUAUUAGAACUGAGGUUCUUCUACGUCUUAUAAAACCUUAUGUUUGUAUUCGCCUUUCAUAUUUAGCUGAAGAAUUGCGUAUUGAGGGAAAAGAAGUUGUUAGACUUUUAGUUGAAAUAAUACAUGACAGAAGGAGGGAUUUAAAAAUUGAUCAAGUCAAUCAAACACUUGUUAAAAUUGGACAUAAUAAAGAAUUAUUAAGUACUGGAAGAGCACAAGCAAUGAAUAAAGUUUGUGAACAAUUGGAAAUUUUGACUAAAAUAAUUGCAGAGAAAAGUAUUUGA